AUGCUCCAAUCUCCUGUCAUCAGACUAGAAGAUUACGCCGUCUCUGACAGGAACGGCUUCCUUCCCACCAGCCCUCCUCUUGCCAAACUUCCCAGUGCUUACUACGAGCCCUGGGAAGCCCUCGCCUGUCGGCUAUCCACCCUCAUCAAAGAUGGCAGCAUCAGAUCAAAGAUCGACAAUCUUCCGAUACUUGAUGCGUCUUGGUUACAGACAGAGCCUGAAUGGCGACGUGCCUACUCGGUAUUAGGCUUUCUGACCCAUGCUUAUAUCUGGGGAGGCGAGAAGCCAAAAGAUACCAUCCCCCCUUGUAUUACAAAGCCCUUCCUUGAAAUCUGCGACCAUCUCGGACUCCCGCCCUGUGCAACAUAUGCAGGGCUCACUCUGUGGAACUAUACGGCACCAGGGGAUGUAGAUAUCUCCAACCCAGAUAAUCUAUCUCUAUUGACUUCAUUCACUGAAACCGUGGACGAAGAAUGGUUCCUCCUUAUCUCAGUUGCAAUUGAAGCAAAAGGUGGCAAGCUGGUCUCUUUAAUGCUCGAUGCCAUUGCCGCAGCCACUGCCAACGAUGUGUCACGGCUGACUGCACUGCUGUGCAGAUUUGCAGAUGGUCUGCGGGACUUCAACUGCACACUCCAGCGCAUGCACGAGAGAUGUGACCCCGAGGUCUUCUUCUACCAACUUCGCCCAUUCUUGGCUGGUAGCAAGAACAUGGCUAGUGCCGGUCUGCCUAAAGGUGUUUUCUAUGACGAGGGCAACGGUCAGGGACAGUGGCAACAAUACAGCGGUGGGAGUAAUGGUCAGAGCUCGCUGAUUCAAACCUUUGAUAUCUUCCUGGGGGUAAAUCACCCAGCGACCGGAGGAAUCAGUGGCCCUUCUGGGUAUCUAAAAGAAAUGAGGGACUACAUGCCUGGCCCUCACAGGCGAUUCCUUGAGGUUUUGACACACUAUUCGAACAUCCGAUCCUUUGUGAUAUCCUCGCCAAAUGAACAAUCCUUGAAAGAGGCAUACAAUGCGGCAUGCUUGACCCUCUCCGCAUUCAGAGACACUCACGUGAAGGUUGUGUCCCGAUAUAUCGUCCUGGCAGCCAAACGAGGUGCAUCAAACACACAAUCCUCUGAGAAUGUUAACCUCGCUACUGCGAGUGCUCAGGUGGAUGGAUUGAAGGAUGACAACCCGUCCGGGUUGUAUGGAACUGGAGGAACUGCAUUGAUGCCUUUCCUGAAGCAGACAAGAGAUACCACUAAAGAUGCGACUAUCUAG